GACUGUGGAGAUUACGGUGAGGAUCGUUUGGGUCCUCUCUAUGUGAAACAGCUGUUGAAAAUGCCCAACUUAUCACCGGAACUGGAGGCUCGAAUCAAAGCUAAACACGCGGAAUUUCGGGCUUACUUCCGUGUCUCUCAGAUCGAGGAAAUGUUUAAAUACGGGGAUGAGGGGCAGCAUUUUCAAACCCAAGUUCACAGCAUCUAUCCAAUGGUUGGGAUCGGUUGCGCUUUUGGUUGUAAACGUACAUUGACAUGA